AUGUCGCUCGAAGGACGCGUCGCUGUUGUCACUGGAGCCUCAAGAGGCAUCGGAAGAGGUUGUUAGUGUUAAAAGUAGCCUUUUUAAGUUCUGUAUCCAGGCAUCGCUCUACAAUUGGCCGAAGCUGGUUUUCGGCUUUUUAUAACUGCACGAAAGCCCACUGAGAGCCUUUCAACGCAAUUUUCCUUCCUACCAACUCUAGAAGAUACCGCUAACGGUUCACUCAUCUUUUUGAUUGCCCAAUAAUGGAAUCAAUGACAGAAUGUCGAUUACGAGGCUCCGAAUGCAGGGAGUUUUAUGUCGACCAUGGUAAAAUGGAAGAAGUAGCCGAGUUCUUCGAGUUAGUCGCUCGUGAAACUAAUAACCAGCUGGACAUCCUUGUCAACAACGCCUUUUCCGCGGUCACGGUUUGACUGAAGCUUAACUUCAUCUCAAACUUCUCUAAUUUUCUCAGAAAUGCGGUUCCGGAGACACUCGAAAGUUCUUCGAGAAAGAGCCUGAAAUGUGGGACGAAAUAAACAACGUUGGUCUGCGGAAUCAGUACUACUGCAGCGUUUAUGGAGCUCGGAUCAUGAACAAGAACGGAGGCAAAGGGUUCAUUGUCAACAUCAGUUCUCUUGGCGGCAUCAUGUAAGUUCUGCGUUGGAAAAAAAAAAGAAAAAUCCAGAACAGAAAAGCUUCUGAUCUUCACUGACUUUUGUGCAAUUUUUUCCUUCUUUUAAGAUAGAUCACGAAAAAAGGUACUUCAAAAACUUUAGUUCAACUUUCGAAAAAGUUUGAUGAGUGAUACACUCCGAAAAAAAAACUAAAGAUUUUGUACUAUGUUUAAGAAUUUGGAACUAUAAGGUAAUAAUAUAAGGUUUUUUAAGAGACUGGAGCUUUUUCUUCUGAAUUUUGCUCGAUUCAAAGAAUUCAGGUACCUUUUCAAUGUCGCUUACGGCGCUGGAAAAAUGGCGAUUGAUCGGAUGUCAGCCGACAUGGCUCAUGAACUUCUGGAAACCGAUAUAACAGUCGUUUCUCUUUGGCCUGGAGCUGUUCGCACUGAGCUCAUUAUUAAUAUGCUGGAGAAUUCUUCAGGAUCUUGGGGCAAGGUGAAUAACAAAAAAAGCUAUUUUUAGACUUAUGGAAUAAUCCAUGGAGCUCUGAAAACUCAAUUCUUUCUAAUUUUCAAAGUGGCUUUUAAGACAAACUCGCCAAUAAUGCAACAGAUUUUUAUAAAUGCAUUUUGACAGACGGAAAACGCCAUGUUUCUGAACGGAGAGUCCAUCGAGUACAGCGGGAAAUGCGUGGUGGCGCUGGCCAAUGACCCUCUAAGACAUCACAAAACGGGCUCUAUCCUCAUCACUUCAGACCUCGGACGUCAGUACGGCUUCUCCGACACUGAUGGUGUGUUCAAAACUCUAGUUUUCUUUUGCGAACUUCGAUUUCAGGAAGGCAGCCGGCGAAUCUGAGGUCUCUUCGUGGAUUACUGCAAUUGAGUGGGUACUUAAAGCUUGGGAAUUGGGUGCCGUCGUGGUUCACCGUUCCCGGGUGGGUCAUCACUCUUUCUCAGAACAAAAUCCUCCACUGA